CUCAUAGUUACAUUUAAUUAUGAAAUACUGCGCAACGGUUUUAAGCGCUCUUUGGGCGUCUACUGCCGGCGCCAAUUUAGCUGCCAAUAACAAAGAUUAUCAAACUGUUAUAGAUAAUGCCGCCGACGGCGACACCAUCGAGCUCGCACCUGGAGAUUAUGUAGUUACAGACCCCAUCGUAGUGGACAAGAAUUUGGCAGUGGUUGGCGGGGGUGCAAAUUUUAUUGUCGGUUCAGCCGCUGAUGCUGUGUUUGCAUUCGGCAAUAUGCCUGGCUAUGCUACCACGCUGGAUAAAAUUACAGUCUCUACAGUUGGUGGAGCAUCAUGCAGUUUAGGAGAACCAUACGCACUGCAGGCAAACUUUAGCAUAGAGAUCCUUGAGGCGUAUGUUCGAAAUAAUAAUGUCAAUCUGAGAACGGAUGUUGGAGUUUGGCAUAAUGAGCGAAAGCUGAACGAUUUUUACUUUGAAGACUGUCACUAUGCAGUAGAUCACCCGGAAAAAAUGUCAGGUGGCGUGUACAAGCUGAUGGGAAAUUGUCGCUCAGAGCUAGAUUUCAGCGUCAGUUUUGACAAACUCGGCGGUACAGCGCCUACUGGUUGUGGUACUACCAUCAAAGACUACGGAACCUUCACAUCGUACGAGGCACAAAUUGAAGCACAGUGGGAUGAGUAUGUAAAAAGAAUCAAUGAUGAAGAGUUUUUGCGUAUUCCAGUUGUUCGCGAAGGUAACGCGGUUACGAACUUGUUGGUGCAAAUUGAUACUGUCGCAAAUGUGGCUGCCACGAUCAACUCUAAGUGGAACAACACACUUGGCUGCGAUCCCACUAGAGAUGCAGAUUGCCCACAGAACUGUUAUCCUGGUUCACAAGCCGUAGGCUGCCAACCCACUGGUUGUGACUCAGCAACAACUCCGGAUUGUCCAGAAACUUGUCAUAUGUAUUCCACAGAUCCAGCGUGUUACCCUGAUGGUUGUGAUCCAGCGACAGAUGAUUUGUGCCCACCUACUUGCAACUUGUACUCGACAGACCCUGCCUGCUACCCAGGGGGCUGUGACCCCGAUACAAACCCUAGUUGUCCCGUUACUUGUGAACUCGGCUCAACCGAACCAGAGUGCAACACCGGUGGUUGUGAUCCUGAUGUGGAUGAGAAUUGCCCUGUAAACUGCAGGCCUGGGUCCGUAGACCCAGCUUGUCAGCCCAAUGGUUGCACCACCGCUACCAAUCAGUACUGUCCUUCGGAGUGCCAUAUGUACUCUACCGAGCCCGAGUGCCACAAUCCUGGUGGUUGCAAUCCUGCAGUCAUCACUGAUUGCCCUGCAACAUGUUCGGAAGGCUCAACGCUACCAGAGUGCAAUCCAGGAGGUUGCGACCCGAACAGUCCAGAUGCUUACAACUGUCCACCAGAGUGUAACUUGUACUCGACUGCGCCAGAAUGUAUUCCAUUUGUGUCUGCACCCACCGGAUCAAUUACUGUCAAGGCAAUCCACGCUAGUUCCGGAACCCCAUUGUCUGGCGUCGAGGCAGUAGUUCUCAGUCCAUCAGGUGAAAUCAUAGAGACCAAGUCAACAGGCGAGGAUGGUGUGGUCACUUUCACCGACAUACCUGAAGGAAAAUACACCGUCAAAAUUGUCCCUGAAGUGACUGAUGAAACUUACGGUGAUAUCAGGCUUGUAGGCGAUCCCGAAGGUGAGGAUGUAAUCGAUGGAGAAACAACAGUAGUAGUUGUAAAAGGUCAGAGUAGUGAUGCUGGUGUUUUCCCUUAUGAUAACGAAGGAACUAUCAGCGGACAGCUCACGGCUGGAGAUUAUAAUAGCCCUCUUGUCAGUGAGACUGUGACGCUGACAGACGAAAAUGGAAUUUUGAUCAGCAUUACUUUCACUGAUAAUGAAGGAAGAUAUGCUUUUACCGGGCUGAACACGAACAAUCAGCAAUAUACUGUCAUUGCCCCUACGAAUAGUCUUUUCACGGACGUGCUUGACGACGAGCCUUUCAACGGUGAUGAAGUACUAGACGGAUCUUUCGUAGUAACAAUUACUCCAACUGAAACAUCCGUUGCCAAUGUCGACUAUCACUACAGUCAGCCACUGGAGCCAUAUGUUCCCAUGAGCAACAUUACUGGUACCGCUUAUACCACAACUACCGACGAGCCUAUUCCAGGUGUUGUUGUCAAACUAAUUGACCCUGAGACGAACGAAGUAAUUGAAGAAACUACGACCGGCCCCGACGGUACAUAUACUUUCGAGGGAGUUCCUCCUGGAAAGGAAUACAUCAUCGAGGUUCCUCCCGAGAAUCCCAAAGAUCUUACACAGCAGCUUACUGACGAUUACCUUGAUCCUACCAAUAGCGGCACAAGAACCCCAAUCUACGUGACUCCUGCUACUGAACUCGAGAAUGUCAACUUCGGUUACACUCCACCAGGAACGAUCACCGGUCAUGUACGAAAUACUAAAAACGAGAUGAUCGAAGGUGUCACCGUUACUCUCACUAAUGGAGAUGACGUACGCACUACGCUCACUAAUCAGGAGGGAAUAUAUUUCUUCGACGAGGUGUACGAUUCUGCCAUUUAUACCGUGACUAUGACCAAGCCUGACGAGUAUUUGCUGCAUGAUGAUGAAUAUGACGUUGACGGUGCUAAAGUUCUAGACGGUAUCUCACCUGUUGAUUACAAGGGUGUCUCCAUCAGUGACGUCAAUUUUGUACUUACACAGGAAGGUAUUAUCACUGGAAGUGUGAUGAUGUUAGAUGGAACCCCCAUCCCAAAUGUUCCAGUCAUUCUUAUUUCCGAGGUCGGAUAUCCCGGAAUUCGUUUCGUAUUCACCGAUGAGAAUGGAGAGUACACCUUCGACAACAUUGAGGUCGGCGACCACUAUGUUGAUGUGCCUCGUUAUCUACAAGGAGGAAUAUUCCUUGCUGAAGAUCCAGAUGGCUUCAGAGAUGGCAAUACCAAGGCAGCUUACGAAACGCCCAACACAGCACUGACUGUACCUCCGUUCAAGUAUGAUGUCAUCCCAGUCACUCAUCUUGGUAGUAUUGAGGGUUCAACUCGAAUUGCGAAUACUCUUGAGCCUAUCCAGGAUGUCUUGGUCUACCUUCGGGAUGCCCAGGGCAAUGUUUUGGCCACUACCAAAACCGAGGAGGAUGGUACCUUCAUAUUCUUCGACCUUUCCCCUAAGUACUACACUGUUAUUGCGCCUAUGGAAGUUGCAAGUCGUAUUGGUGAUGCUACGUUGACUGAUGAUCACGAUCACAAUGGGGAUGGUAUCGUCGCCUCCAUCCUGGUGAAUAACAACCCCAUCAAGUUGGACCCGUACCUAUAUAUGCUUCGCGAAGAACCCACUGCCUGUGACCCAGCAGUCGAUGCUGAUUGCCCCGAGCAGUGUAGCCCGUACUCUACGGCAGCGGCUUGUAAUCCCCCAGGAUGCACUGCAGGUGUGGAUGCCGACUGUCCCGUUACCUGCUCUCCAUAUUCCGCCGAUCCUGCUUGCAACCCAGGCUGUGACACCGUCAACGAUCCCUACUGCCCGGUAGAGUGCAGUCCCUACUCGACAUCGGCAGCAUGUAAUCCUCCCGGAUGUGAUCCUACUUUGAAUGAUGGUUGCCCAGUUACCUGCUCUCCAUAUUCAACUGACCCUGCUUGUAACCCAGGCGGAUGUGAUCCUAGCUCAGGAGACCCCAAUUGUCCUCAAGGCUGUCACGCUUACUCAACCGCCCCCGCGUGUAACGUCGGUGGUUGCGACCCUGCUGCUGAUGCAGAUUGCCCUGUUGAGUGCACACCUUACUCCACAGAUCCCGCAUGUAGUCACAAUGGAUGUGAUCCUGACAUGGAUGAGGGUUGCCCAUCUGAGUGUAACUUGUACUCAACCGACCCUCAGUGUGGACCUCAGCCCCCUGUGUUCGACAUUGAGGCAGCUAUCAACUUGGUGGAUGUGGGAUUCUUUGACGGAUGGAAUCAUUCUAAGAUUCGCUUGGAAACUCACCUGCCCUCUCCCAUGACAAUCCAGGGAGGCCUAGUAGGUGUGGUUGGCAUGAGAGAUGUAAGUUUCGAGGCUGAAGUAAGCUCCAUUUCUAGUUAUGUAUUCGAUGCUGCUUGCAAUAACGUGGCGAGCGGCAAAGAGUGUGUUCAGAAUGUCGAGUUUGACAUCGUAACGUGUGAUCUGACUGGUGAGUACUCGCUUGAGGGUCUUAUCGUGACCUGUCAGGAACAGGACGCGAAUGGCGAUCCCCAGGCGUGUCCCGCAUUGACUGAUGCUCAGAUCUUCCAGCCCAAGGUCAUCUUCUUUAUCGAUACUAACAAUUUCUGUGAGGUGGAGGAGUUUGAGCUCGAUGCUCUGUUUGACCUGUCGAUCGCAGUGUACGCGUCCGACGAAUACCUAGAGGAAGAGUCUAUUUUCGAUCUUGGAACCAUGUCAUACUGGCAGAUCAUCGUUGAUACAUCUGAAAGCGGAGUUGCGCUGUACAACGCCGAGGUCACCUACGUCGAACGCACCACUGACGGCGACUGUUCUGGCUUCGCUGACUACAUGGGCGACGUCACCGACAACGCCGAGUUCAGUCAAACCUACAAACCGGCAACCCAAGCAAUCUCCAUGCCUUUCCAAGUAACUUCACAGAUGGCCUGUGCAACCUCCGAUCGUACCGGUAAUGCUAUCACCAUGAACUUUACUGUUCUUGUGGAUUACGACGAUGGAUCAGCUGGUCGCCGCCGUCGUUCUCUCAAUGGGUUGACUACGCGUGAUGCUGGCGAGGUGGCUGUAGACAAAGAAGCUGGUGUCCGCUACACAGCCGAGGACCUGAUCCAGGCUGCCGUUGUUGGAGCUGGGACUGCGGCUGGUACCACUGCGGCUGCUCAAGCUGAUGAUUCCGAACUGAUGAUCAUUGGCGGAGCUGUGGCUGCCCUUCUGCUGCUAUGCCUAUGCUGUUGCUGCUGUGUUGUCGCUUGUAUUGUGGUUAUGCGCCGUCGUGCUGCUGAGAAGAAGUACAGGCAAGAGGAUAAUCUUGUGUCGCAGCAAUCGCAGAUGGGAUUCAUGAGUGGUGCAUCCAACAUGAGCUUUGCGAAUCAACCCGGCCAACAGAGUAUUUAGGUAGCUUCUGACGAGUUGCGAGUCAUAUCUUGUCCAGAAUGGGCAAUCAUUUAGAAAAUACAAUAAAGAUAUUAUUACUACAAUAAAGACACGAAGUAC